AUGCUCCUCCUGCACGCCGUGCUUGCGGUCGUGUCCGGAGGCAUCCUCGUCUCCGCUGCCCCCGACCCGGGCCGCGCGAGGCACUCCGAGGGCGCCCCCGACACCCGCCCCGCGUCCUACCGCCGACCCGCUGCGCACGCCGGCUCCGAGUGGGCCCCCGACAGCUUCGGCUUCGACCGCCCCCAGUUCGUGAUGGACGACACCCGCAUCGCGCACGCCGACGCCGAGUACGAGGACUUUGGCCGCCAGGAGCCCAUCGGCCACUUCCCCGGCGCACCACCGCAGUCCCCGAGCCGCGGCCCGCCGCACGGCGACUUCCCGGGCUUCCCGACCGACCUGCCGAGGCCCCCGACCGACAUGCCGAAGCCGCCCCAGCACCCUCACCGCCCGCCCCCGCCCAAGGACGACGAGGAACACCCGCACCACCCUCCGCACCGUCACCCGCACGAGGACAAGUCGAACCUGACCAUCUUCCAGAUCCUUGAGUCCAGCCCUCAGUUCUCCCGCGUUUUCAAGCUCGUCAACUUCACAGAGGAUGUCACCAAGCUGCUCAACGACUCCUCGGCCAACAUCACGUUCUUCGCCGCCCCUAACUGGGCGCUCCCCAAGCCCCGUCACCCGCCCCCGCAGAAGGGUGAGGACCUCGACUGGGAGCGGGUCCUGAAGCCAGAGGACGAUGUGGCCGACAUGCUCGCUGCCGCCGAGGGCCUCCUCGCCGCGUCGGAGAAGCCGGACAAGGACAAGAUCAAGAAGUUCCUCGGCUACAUCCUCCUCUACCACACCCUGCCUGACUUCUACACCGCGGCGGAGCUCGGCAAGAACAACACGGUCGCGACAUCGCUCUCCCUUCCCGACGGCUCUCUCGACGGCAAGCCCCUCCGCCUGCGCAUCGGCCGCCAGAGCAUUCUCUCGCCUCUUCUCACUGUCAACCUCUUCACCAAGAUUGUCCGCCCUGACGUCGCUGCUGUUAACGGCAUGCUCCACGUCGUCAACGGCCCUAUUCUGCCCCCACCUUCGAUCUUCCAGCUUUCGUUCUUGUUCACAGAUCCAUUCUCCGUCUUUACAUCCGCUCUCCAGCGUGUCGGUCUGACCGAUGCCGUGGACUGGCGCAACGUUAAAGAUGGCUCUGUUGAGGGCUCACCCGCCGUCACUGUGUUCGCCCCAACGAAUAAGGCGUUCGACAAGUUGCCGAAGAAACUCAAGCUUUUCCUUUUCUCUCCUUUCGGCGAGAAGGUCCUUAAGAAGCUCCUUCAGUUCCACAUUGUUCCCGAAUAUGUUCUUCACAGUGAUUACCUGCACGACGCGUCGGAGUCUGUUAUCAAGCGCAGGGGUUUUUACGAAGGCGAGGGGAGUCAGUUCUUCGACCAAAUUGACUACAACCACGACUUCGCUGGCUUCUUCGACGUGCCGGCGGAACGCUCUGCAGCAGUUGACCCCCGCCUCGAGCAUGACUUCAGAGAGUGGUUCGAACAGGACUCACAGACACCUUAUUACAGUGCUGAACACGCUCCCGACCAAUUCACGGAGGAAUUCUCCCAGUACGGUGGGCCGCAGCGCAUGCCGCCGCCACCUCCCCUUCACGGCAUGCCGCCGCCUCCGCCUCCUCCCGGUUACCACAUGCUUCCGCCUCCUCCUGGUUUGUACGGAAUGCCACAUCCUGGGCCGUACGGGAUGCCGCCUCCUCCACCCUCUCCUGGUCAUCACAUGCCUCCCCCUCCUCCUGGUCCGUACUAUAUGGGUCCGUACUAUAUGCCGCCUCCUCCCCCUGGUCCUCAUGGUAUGCCUCCGCCCCCGCCUCCUUCCGGUCACCACACGCCUCCUCCCCCGCCUCCUCCCGGGCACCACAUGCCUCCUCCCCCGCUGGGACCCCACGGCAUGCCUCCCCCUCCUCCUGGUCAUCGCAUGCAUCCCCCUCCUUUCCCUCAUGGAAUGCCCCCGCCCCCUCCCCCGCCUCAUCCUGGCCACCACAUGCCACCCCCUCCUGGUCCCCACGGUAUGCCGCCGCCGCCGCCUGGCCCCCACCAUAUUCCCAAGGGUCCUGCGGACGAGCACAAGCACCACCACCACCUCCCCCCUCCCCCUCCUCCCGGCCCCCACCACGAUGGACCGCACCAUCCUCCCCCUCCUCCCGGCCGCAGGCCCGACCAUCCCGGUAAGGGCCCGAAGCCCGACCACCCGUACCACCCGCCACCUUUCCCGCACCACCCGCCGGAGGUCUCGUACGCGCAGAACGUGACGGUGCCGACGCUGCUCGCGAACCACAGCCUCGACGUCGAGAUCGUGCAGUUCGCGCGCCGGAGCCCGCUGCCGUGGAAGAAGGCGCCGGUGUACGGGACCGUGAUGUUUGCCAACGGCCAGCCCGUGCCGGUGCUCGACGUGCCCACCCGCAACGGCGCGCUCCACGUCGUCGUCGAGCUCCUCAAUCCGCUCCGGCGCGGCGGCCGUCACGGGCCACCCAAGGGUCCUCACGGUCCCAAGGGCCCGCAUGGCCCGCACAGGCCUCACGACGAGCCUGAGUGGGAGCACGAGGGGCCGGUGCCGGAGACCGCGUUCGAGGAGCACGAAGACGGCGAAUGGGCGGGCUGGGAGGAGUGGCUCCCUGCCUGGGCCGAGGAGAACUGA